AUGGAGGCGGAACGACAGUCUUUAAUCAAGAACAGCGCCCAGCCAGGGCCAGUUCCUCAAGCGCCAUGGGCUGCCGCCAGACCGUCACCACGAGAUCCUUCUCGGCGACUCCCACAAGCAAUUGCUCAUCGCGGCGCGAAGCUUGAUUGGCCCGAAAACACCAUGGCCGCCUUCCGAGGUGCAGUCAAAGCUGGUGCUCAUGCGAUAGAGACCGAUAUUCAUAUCUCGGCCGAUGGUGUUGCUGUGAUAUCACAUGAUGCAUCCCUCAAACGCUGCUUUGGCAUCGAAGCUCGCAUUGGAGAGUGCUCGUGGGAGUAUCUCAGCACUCUACGAACAGUAGCCGAGCCCCAUGAACCCAUGCCGCGGCUCAAGGACUUUCUUCAGUGGCACCUGUGCCAUGGAAUCAACGUAUUAUUCUGGGAUGCUGGAAUACGCCUUGAUGAUGUCGCAGCUGACAUGCUUGAACAGGCAUCAUUCCUACAGGCUGCGCGUAGUCAACUUCCAACCUAUCCAUUGGCCCAUAUCAGCAUCUCCCUCUUAUAUUCACACCACUUUCUGCGUGUACCCAACCUCGGCUUCAAUCUCAACCACAAGACUCUCAUCGGUCCAUCAGGAAGACUCUUCUUACGCGAACUUCGAAAGACUGACAAGCUUCUUAUGACGUGGACAGUCAACGAACCUCGCCAUAUGGAAUGGUGUAUCCGUCAGAAUCUGUGUCAUCCACGGCGCCGCAAUGAAAAGACCGAGAGGCCUGCCUUGAUAGAUGGUGUCAUCACUGACAAUCCUCGUCUGUACCUCGAGAUCUGCGAAAAGUUCGAGAACGAGAUGGAUGGCAAGCUCGCCAGACCUAAGCUAGCUCUCACUGAAAGGAUAAGGAAAAAGGCAGAGAUGGUAGCCGUCGUUAUCCUGACGGAGACCUUGAUGAUGGCCUACCAUGUUCUCAGAAGGAUGCAGGGCAAGUUUGAUUUCCUUCGAGACCGCCAGAGCUUGGAUAAAUAG